AAGUCUCUUUCGGAGGAACCGUGAACAAACGCUGUCUGUAAAGUCAUUGUCUGAUAAAGGAGCGAGUCAUAAAGCUUUCGGACGAGUCUGAGGAGAGAAAUUCAUGUUCAGUGAAACUCCUCACAACAAUCACACAUUCAGCAAUUCAGCAAUAAAUGCUGGAAUAUUCCCAUCAGUUUACAAGUGAAGACGAGCAUCAGAGCAUCAGGAAGAGCUGAGUUUAUUAAAGAGGACAGAGAGAAGAUGAGAGAUCCAGAACCCUGCAGAAUCAAACACACUGAAGAUACUGAACAACAAACAGGUUGCUGUUUAUUCUUCAUUCUUCAGUUGAUUGAAGAAAAUGAGGAGAAUAAAGAAUUGAGUGAAGUUGAGGGAAAAAAUCACUUCAGAACUGGAAAAAAACCUUUGAGUUGCUCUCAAACUCAGAAAGAUUUAAAGAAAAGAAGAGCCAAGAAAUCUUUCACCUGCACUCAGUGUGGAAAGAGCUUCACAUACAAACAUCAUCUUGAGCUUCACAUAAGAGUUCGUACUGGAGAGAAACCUUACAAGUGUUCACACUGUGACAAGAGAUUCAGUCACUCAGGAACCCGGAAAACACAUGAGAGGAUUCACACUGGAGAGAAACCUUACAAGUGUUCACACUGUGGCAAGAGAUUCAAACGGUCAGGAGCCCUGAAAGCACAUGAGAGGAUCCACACUGGAGAAAAACCUUACAAGUGUUCACACUGUGACAAGAGAUUCAUUCAGUUAUCAAAUCUGAAAAAACAUGAGAGGUUCCACACUGGAGAGAAACCGUACACAUGUGAUCAGUGCGGGAAGAGUUUCACACAAAAAGGAGUACUUACAUUACACAUGAGAGUUCAUACUGGAGAGAAGCCGUUCACUUGUGAUCAGUGCGGGAAGAGUUUCUCACACUCAGCACAUCUUAAGCAUCACAUGAACAUCCACACUAGAGAGAAACUGUACACAUGUGAUCAAUGCGGUAAACAAUUUCUGAGAGCUUCAGUCCUGAAGGAGCACCUGAGAGUUCAUACAAAGGAGAAGCCACAUUCAUGUCAUUUGUGUGGAAAGAGUUUUUCACAUCUACGAAGUUUGAAAAUACAUCAGAAAAUACACACUGGUGUGAGAGAUUACAUGUGCUUUGAGUGUGAGAAGACUUUUACUACAGCGAGCAGUUUAAAACUGCACCAAAGGAUCCACACUGGAGAGAAACCUUACAAGUGUUCACACUGUGACAAGAGAUUCAAUCGGCCAGGAAUCCUGAAAACACAUGAGAGGAUUCACACUGGAGAGAAACCUUACAAGUGUUUACACUGUGACAAGAGAUUCAGUCAUUCAGGAAAUCUGAAAACACAUGAGAGGAUUCACACUGGAGAGAAACCAGAGUACAUGUGCUUUGAGUGUGAGAAGACUUUUACUACAGCGAGCUGUUUAAAACAGCAUGAGAGGAUUCACACUGGAGAGAAACCACACACAUGUGAUCAAUGCGGGAAGAGUUCCACACAUAAAGGUGACCUUACGGAGCAUAUGAGAGCUCAUACUGGAGAAAAACCGUUCACCUGUGAUCAGUGCGGGAAGAGUUUCACACGAUCAUCAACCCUUAAGAAUCACAUGAAAAUCCACACUAAAAAACCUUACAAGUGUUCACACUGUGACAAGAGAUUCAUUCAGUCAGGAGACCUGAAAAGACAUGAGAGGAUUCACACUGGAGAGAAACCGUAUCACUGCACUGCAUGUGGGAAGCGUUUCAAUCGUUCAUUUGCUCUACACAGUCAUAUAAAAAACAAUCACAGUAAGUAGAUCAUCUUCAGAUCUUUCAGGUCUGAUGCUGCGUCCUCAACAAAUGCGACACAAUAAUGCAUCAAGCAACAGAAUAUCAUCUGGAUAAAUCUGUCAUAACAAGCGACAUGACAAAGAAACAUUAUCUAAAGUUUUCACAGUGAAUAAAGUUCAUCUUCAAAACCAGCAGAUUCAACUGAGAUUCAGAUCAACUCAAAGAUGGAGUUCCUCCCCAAAGAACAAUGCCAAAAAGUUUUAUUGCUUUCUUAUGAGUUUCAUAUUAUGUUCAAUUGUCUUAUAAUGUAUAUGCGUCACUUGUAGUUUGUUACUGUUUCAUGAAGGAAAGCAGAAGUUUUUACAAACUGUUCUUGUUCAGGAAGAUGAAGAAGAGACUGUAACACUUUUAAGAGAGACAGAGAUUUAUUUUUUAUUUUGUUCUUCAUUGUGUAAGACCUCUGCAGAACAGACCCACCAAAAAUCUGCAGAAUAAACACAUUCCCAAAUCAGGAUCUAAAGAUUCCCCCACACAGCCUUCACGAGGUGGUAAAACUAACAACACCCUCAUUGUCUGGAUUAGUUCCUCUCAACAUGAUAAUAGUUAAUCCAGUCAAGGGAAAAGAGAACUCGUUUGUCUCGACGAACUGAAGUCAUUUAAGCAACAUACGGUUAAGAGCUGCCUCGUGGACAUGGUGCAUAAAUCCAGAGUUUUCCGGAAACAGGAAAAAUCUAAUUUACGUGACACUCUCCAGGCCUGCAAACACACAAGAUCCAUACAGCGUGACCCCUCGUGACCCCCCGGGGGCAGGGGUCUGCAACCUUCAACAUCAACAGAGCCAUUUUAAACUUCAUUACAAUCCAUACAAUUGUGAAAGUAAUUUACUGAAACUCAGGAAUUUUCCAUAAUGAAAGGCAAAAAUAAAAAUAAAAAAUAGAGCUACCAUGUUAAUCAUACUGCAUACACCCAAGUGUGAAAAGUGGCAAGUAUUCUUUUUCUUUUUUGAGUAGACAUUCAAAAACGGGACCAAUUCAACAGAUUGAAAGUGAUAAUGUCUGUCAGUUUUACUGGAAUCCAUCUUUUCGUUGUGUUCCUCGGGAGAAGAAAAAUGACAAUUAUAAUCAUGACAACACUGGGCGAAACUGUUGAAGUGUCUCGAGUCAGAUAUGAUUGUGUAAUUCUUACCUGUAAGAAGGCGUGAUGGUGUUAAAACUAAAAUGCUCCUGCUGUAAUCUGAAAGUGAAAAUCACAGUAAAGCACAUGUUGAUGCAGUACUUCAGCAAUCAUCAUUUCACUUGAACACAAGUCUACAGUUGGCCACAAACGGGUUAAUGUUUACACCUCACCGGAAGUGCUGUUUCGUUCUUCCUGUAUCUAUAUCUGUGUAUUGUUCACUCCAGAUUCUGAGAAAUCCAGAGCAUUUUGCUUCAUUAUUUUCAUUCUCAUGUUGUCACCAUGUCUUAUUAUAAAUGCUGUUGACCUAAUCAACAUUUUACAUCAAAUCAAUGGCUUAGCCAUUUAACAUGGAAUAUUGUUUCAGAUUUUAAAAAUGUAUGCUGUGAUACAAACAUGCAGUUCAUAUUUAAUACUUUUUAAAUAUUUUAGUUUUCAA